AUGUAAUGAAAUAAUUAUGGUGUUGACGCGCCAUUCUCUAAGUAGUCUAAAUUUGACUGAAUCAGCGCCAUCCUCUGUGAAGUCUGAAAUUGAUGUUGCCUCGGCUCCUCAUGUGAGUAUUUCUAGGUUUGACAUCGGACGGAGCGACGAGGAGAAUGACACUUUCCGCAAGCGAAUCCGAGCCAGUUCGUCGAGACCGCUUUAUCGAAUUUCGAGUGAUGCCGAGAACGAACCACCUGAAUCAGCUCGACCUAUUUCUGUUUCUUCGAGGAGAAGUGAGCCAGGCAUGACUAUUGGCAGGCCAAGACGCAAUAAGUUACCCAGAGGGUACUCGCUUUUCUCAGUCGAACAGAACCAUCACUGUAAUCAAAGACACUCGGAGACUCCUACGGUGGUGGAAGAGGAUGAACCAGAUAAUAAGAGAUCAAAAACAGAAGAACCUAUGGAAAACAUUUCUUUCCGCAUGCAACAAGAAGCCGAAGAUGCUGAGCUUGGCCGAACAAGGCAACAAACGCGCCGUCUUAACUGUAUAUUUUCAGGCGUUGCUACUGAAACAUGCGACGACGAGGAUUUAAAUGUAAACUCGACGGAAACCGAAAUGGGAGAUGGCCGAGAAUUGAGAGAGAAACCGACAUAUAAUUUAAGAGCCGAACGGAAAGCGCCACAGUUUUUCUGUCCCUCGAGCUCCAAGAAGCCGAAGAGUUCUAAUGUGCAUGUUCCGCAGUUCUUUGCGUCAACUUUGAGCAGUCGUAUCCGCGAGAACUCGAAAGCGAGAAAGCAUAGUAAGAAGAAACGAAAGGCAAAGUUCCACGAGAGUGACAGUGAUUCAUCGUCCAGCAGCUCAAGUGGAGAUGAACGAAGAUUCAUUCGGCGCAAGAAGAAAAGCAUGACACGCUCUAGGAUGUCUUUUUUGCCAAUGAACUUGAGCAUCAGCGACAUGACUCGAAGUCAAAGAGACCGUAAAGCAAUCGGGGCUUCGCUGGCGGACGUUGACCCUAUGAAUAUUGAUAAAGCAGCUUCUUUUGGAUCUAUUGGCGGUUUGAAUAAACACAUUCGUUCGCUGAAAGAAAUGGUAUUGCUUCCAUUUCUUUAUCCUGAGUUGUUUUCGAAGUUUAGUAUUAACCCCCCGAGAGGUUGCUUGUUUUACGGACCACCGGGAACCGGAAAAACGUUGAUGGCGAGAGCGCUGGCCAAUGAAUGCUCAAAAGAGACAGGACGCAAGAUUUCAUUUUUUAUGCGCAAAGGGGCCGAUUGCCUGAGCAAAUGGGUUGGUGAAUCGGAAAGACAGCUGCGUCUUCUGUUUGACCAAGCCUACAUUAUGCGACCAUCUAUAAUAUUUUUUGACGAGAUUGACGGCUUAGCACCCGUUAGAAGUAGUAGACAGGAUCAGAUACACAGCAGUAUAGUGUCCACAUUGUUAGCUUUGAUGGAUGGACUUGAUAAUAGAGGAGAAAUUAUAGUUAUAGGAGCAACUAACAGAAUAGACUCGAUUGAUCCGGCCUUGAGGCGUCCGGGGAGAUUUGAUCGGGAGUUUUUGUUCAAACUACCAGACGCCCAAGCACGUGUUGAGAUUGUGAAGAUAGCAACUAAGUCGUGGAACCCGCCGAUGUCUCCGGAACUCAGUAAGUUGGUAGCUGAAAAAACGCACGGCUACUCAGGAGCAGAUUUGAACCUCCUCUGCAUGGAAUCAGCUCUAAUAGCCACUAGACGCAAUUAUCCACAGAUCUAUUUGGCCAACAAUAAGCUUGAAAUUGACAUUUCAAGUGUGAAUGUUGAAGUGGUCGAUGUAUUCAACGCCAUGCGCAGUAUAAAAGUGUCGACUACCCGCAUUACCGAUUGUCCGGCCCAGCCCCUGAGUCCCUCAUUGGCUCUAUUGCUAGGCAGCGAACUUCAACGAAUGGUUCAAUUAAUAAAAUCCGAAUUCUAUCAUGAAUCGAAAAAAUCAUUGACCUCUAGCCCUCUAGAUGAACUGGAAGUGGUUUUGGAUGGUUUGAUUUUGCCUGAAAAUGCAGCUGAAGCUAAAUUCGAGACGCUAGCUAACCUUGUUGAACCCUGUUCUAAAGCUAUUGUCAGUAUUUGGUAUAACGAGGAAGACAAUUUUGUUGAUAAUCUGUUAUUACCUGCGAUUUUGAACGAAUAUGAAGAUAUGCAAAGUUUUAUGCUGAAUCAUUCAACACUUUUUGGAAAUGCAAAUGCAUCAGCUGAAGAGGCCGUUGUUUCCAUGUUGAAAGAAGCAGCUAAGUCGCAGUCAGCUGUUAUCUGUAUUCCCAACGCAUUCUCUUUUUACUCGGAAGCAUCAUCCACUGUGCGUUUAAUCAUCACGGAGUUCAUAUUGCGACUAAGAGCUAUUCCCGGCAACUUUCUUGUUCUCGCGACAUUGCCGAACGGUUUCUACGACGGAUAUGGACUGCCAAAAUUGUUCGAAAUAGAUGUUACAAAAAGUGCUCAAGUUAUUUGUCAAAAUCCUACGAGAGACUGCUACCGCCGGUACUUCGCAGAAAUCUUCCACGAUUUGAUUAAAAACUGUACCUUCAAGAAAAAACAGCACCUGAAUGUCAAACAAUUUAAAAAAGCAAAACAUCAGCCUAAAGAAGGUCCGGCGCCGUUGAAUGAAAGCGAAAUAAAACGCAUCCGAGAAAAGCACUUAGCCCUUAUGCGUGAACUGAGAAUCUAUUUGCGUGAUGUGUUGAAUCGACUUGCUCGCUCCCCCGAGCAUCGAUGUUUUCUGAAACCAGUUGACCGAGAAGAGGUCAAUGAUUACUAUGACGUCAUUAAGCACCCUAUGGACCUGACUACGAUGAUGAGCAAAACCGAUUCAGGGCAGUAUGUAAGCAUCCAUCAGUUUAUUGAAGAUAUCGAUUUGAUAGCUGACAAUGCCUUGGAGUACAACCCAGUUAAAGAUCCGAUGAGCUUGAGAAUCAGGCACAGAGCGUGUGCUUUUAGAGACUCCGCAAUGAGCAUGGUUAAAAUAGAAAUUGACUCAGAUUUCGAAGAGCAGUGUCGCGAAAGUUUGAAAAGCUUUAGUGCUUUGGGAUUGAAACCGCAGACGAAAGCGCCCAAGUUUUUCUUUACGCAGCCCCUUCAGAAGCCACCAAAGGAGAAAUUAGCGAUGAAACUUAGAAGCACUCAAGGCGAUUUAGUGGAGCCGUUAACACCAGCAAAAAGCGUGAAAAGUGGAGGGGUGGUGAAGAAGAAGAACCAGACACCGUCUAGAAGCUCAUCCCAGGGCAUCAUUAAUAAGUACCGCAAACAAAGACAGCAGGCAUACGUAAAUUCUGUCAAGUCGGGAAGCAGUGGCAACAGUGGUCAGAAUAAUAGAGUGAGUCCAUUGAAAAGCAGAGUCAGUCCAGUGAUGUUCAGAGUGACACGCUCAAUAUCUUCUAUCCUUUCCGGAGACACAGAGGCUAGAUCUCUGUCGCUUGCAGAAACGAAUUCUCCGUCAGUGGCUGGUAGUGCUACUAAGUUUCAAGAAACUGAAAAGGUUGAAAAUGAUCGACAAUUGAGCGAGGAUGCUUGCAGCUCACACGAGGGAAAUGCUGUUUAUAACGAUAAGAUGUUGUCACCUGAUAACGAAAAAGAACAGACAAAGCUACUCCUUGAGUCCAAUGCCGAAGUGGCUGAAAGUGAUCCUUCUCCAAAAGACGAACAAAAGGAUGCAAAUGAAGUAGAAAUGAAUUGCUCGUAUUCUUCAAGUGUAUCUUUAACCGGAGAGAUUGUGAGAUCUGAAGAGCGCGAAAACGAAAGUCUUUUUAAUGAAAUAAUGAUGAGCAGUGUUGCCGGUGGCAGCUCGAAAUCAGAAAAUGAAGAAACCAAAAUGACAACUCUACAUCCCGGCAAUACUGAAAAUAGUGUAAAAGAAAGCAAUGCUGAAAUUUCGACAUUAUCUGCAAUGUCACCUGAAGUUGGAAAUAAAUCAGUUGAAACUCCUGAUUUGGAACUAAAGCGAAAAGAGGAAAUAGCGUCUAAGUUGGACAAGCUGAACAAUACAUUGCUGGAUGUUGCUGUAGUCAGAGCCUCAGAAUGUGCGAGAAUUUUGGACGUGGUCGAAAUGCAUAACAGACUGAGGCAAAUUAUCUACAAAUAUAAGACAGACAAAUCGGAUGAGAAAGAAGAGCUAUACAAAGAGCUCAAAAACUAUUUGAACUGCAAUUAUCUUGAACUUUGAUCUAUUUUAUUUGGUUGUUGUUUGUUUCCUUUUCUUAGGAUUGUUUUUUGAGCUUCAGCGUAAUUUUUAAUGGAGAAUAAUUGCUAAUGUGUGAAUUAAUGAUUUUAAAUUACAUUUGUUGAGCUUAUUUGAAUUCAGUUUUUGAACUCG